GGGGGCUGGUAUAUAUUGUCUGUGGUCUGCGCUGACGACCUAGUCGCCGAUUCACCGUUGCUCUUUGUUUUCAACUGCAUACUACUCAGCUGGCUUCGAGUGGUUUGGACGUCUUUCCUUUGUCCUGACUCUCUUUUAUCGUUCAACAAAACUCCUACUCAGCAUAUUCAUCAUUGAAGAUACCCUUUGAAGGAUUCCUUCAUAUUUUAAAUUGAUACCUUCUAUAUCCGCGUAGACCGUGGAUCGACUCAGCAUCCGACAUGCGUCCUAUCUUAUACCUCACUUCGUGCCUGGUGGCCACCUCCCUGGCAGCGCCGACCUUCUUCGACGAUGCAUACAACUACUCCGACGAGAUGGCCGAGUUCCUCGGAAAAGUGAGCCAGCACAUCCACGGAGACGUCAAAGACCUUCUCCACAAAGCAACCACAUGUGAUCCAUCGAGCAUUGCCUUGCCAUCUCAUGCGUCAGGACUACCUCCUCCUGAUGACCAAAAGCCAGCCUACGUCGCUGUAGGCCGUGGCACACAGAACUAUACCUGCGCCGACUCCACCUCCAACUCCAAGCCCGAAGCCGUCGGCGCCGUCGCCCGCCUUUACAACGCCACCUGUAUCGCAGCCAACUACCCAGACGUGAUCCACACGCUACCCGGCCUGGCCUACAAGUUGACCUUGCCCCCGGGCGACGCCGACCCGCUGCCCCCCGCGAACAUCGACCUCCUGGGCUACCACUUCUUCGAGAGCAAGGUCCCUAUCUUUGACCUGGACACCACGGUCUCCAGGAAGUUUGGCGUCGCACGGACGAAGAAGGUCAGUGAUAUCGAUGCGCCGUCGGACGCGAUCCAGGGAGAAAACGGAGCGGUUGCGUGGCUCUACCUCGAGACGGUCGAUGGCACAAUCGGGGGUUACUCGGGCGUCUAUCGCGUGGACACUGUUGGGGGGUCCGCCCCUAAGACCUGUGAGGGGAUGGAGUCCUCGUUCACUGUGCAGUAUGCGGCGAACUACUAUCUUUAUAAAUCUUGAUGGGUUCGGUUGUUCCUUUGAUUCUUGGCUGGGAUGUCUUUCUUUUUCUUUUCUGUCAAUUUUGCAUAGUUUCGGUGUUAUAGGGAUGUUGUUUAGAAGCAUUGCACAGUUUAC